CAGGAGUCCAUAUCGUGAAACUGACGGCGACGCAGAGGAAGAAGAGACGGAAGUAGCAGUUGUUACAGUCGCGGCAGAGAGCAGUAGAAGAGUCGUUCAGCCUUUGCCGCCCGCUUUCCCCACCAUGCCUGUUCCCUCCAAGUCGUAUUUUUCUUCCCUCGACAGGAUGGUCGUCGAAGAAGUCUCCGUUUCCACCUCCCCCGCACCCGCCACCACUGCCAUCCCAUCACCGCUUUCCCCCUCCGAGGCUAUCUCCGCGCCAAUAGUGUCCGAUCCCGCACCGCUUCCACAGGCGCCCGUGGGCUCCGCCAAGUCGAGCGAUGUUGAAUUCCCACCCUUCCGCGCACCCAUGCCAUCUUCGAAACGCGCCGCCCAUGUCGUAUUCAGCAUCGCUCCCACAGCAUGGACACCCGACCUACAACGCCGCGAGCAGCAGGUUUCUCCCUUCGUCACCGUGUCUACCGUGUCCUCCCGUCCCUCCGAAUCUUCGGACCCAAACUCUAAUCUCGCACGUGGCCGUCCACCAAUACCAUCCCCCACCGAUCGCGAGCGCCGCUCUCCGCCCCCCGGAAAGGCACCCGCGAUGUCGAUCACAUCCAAUACCUUUUCGCAUUCACUCAGCGUCGCUCUCCCGAGAGAAAUCCAUCCGGCCAUGGUUGAUGUGAGCUGCUUGAAGGGUGAGAGAGUCAGCGUGGUCGCUGACGCGUGGCACAUGGAAGAGUCUUGCCAUUACGAAUGGCUCAUUCACUUCGCUGCCAACGACGUUGACAUGGGGUCCGUCACUGCCCGCUUCGGCCCGGGCCAUACCCUCCUCAUCGACGUCCACCGCAAAGGCCGGUACUCCCUCGGUGGCUGUGGCUCUUUCAAUGGCUCCUGGGGCUAUUCAGCGCGGUAGUCCCCCGCAUCUUCGUCGUCGCUGCAUACCCCCUGGACUCUACAACUCUCAAUCUGCAUCUUGGCAUCCUGCAUCGUGCCUCCUCGCACUCUCCCAUUAUCACGCAUUUGUCCAUGUUCACGUCCCGUGUUCCCGGAUUUCACGAACCUCUCUCCGGGUCCGGUACGCGAUGUAUCCUAUACUGUCACGAUAGCGCGCUUUUAGACGACGGAACGUAUAUUGCUACGUACGCCACCACCAUGGGACUCCUGCAGCGCCAGCGUGUCCCACAAUACCAUACGUCUAACACCUGCGCAUGCCGCGCAUAGUUCAAACACAUGCAUAUACACAACUCUCACAAACUUACACCCAUACACGUAUCUGCACACCUCGCUUUCUUGCUGUCCCGCUCGUUGCGCCGGUUUUCUCUUACCGCAUUUCUCUUACCAACCUGACCCUCAUCGUUUC